GGAAAGGGAGAUUGAGGAUGGUCGCCGGGUCGUGUUACGUGCCGAAGAAGCGGGCCGGGUGCCCCGAGGGCGACGACGCGCACUUCGUGUGCCCCGAGAAGGGCAUCAUCGGCGUGUCCGACGGGGUCGGGGGCUGGGUUCGGCACGGCGUCGACCCCGAGGAGUACGCCCGGGGCCUCAUGACGAGCUGCGCCGACGAGGUCGGGAGGCAGGAGGCCAGCCGCGUGGACCUCGAGGCAGUCCUCGGAGCGGCGUUCGGCAGGACCUCCGUCGGGAGUAGCUACAAAGUCGCAGUACGCGAGGGGGACAUCAUCAUCGCCGGGACGGACGGGUUGUUUGACAACAUGUUCAUGGAGCAGAUCAAGGACGUGGCCGAGGCCGGGAUGAGAGAAGGCAAGGACCUCGGGGCCGUCGCGGCUUCGAUAGCCGCCCGAGCGUGUGCCAAUUCCCUCGACAAGGCCACGAGGACGCCCUUCUGUGAAGGCUCGGAGAAGCACGGCAAGGAGCACCGUCGUCGCUCGCAUCGAUGUAGUUCCAUAUCAUGGGAGAUGCUUGGUACGGCUCUUUUCCGCAUCUUUGGUGAUAUGAGUAGGCGCGGAGAAUCCCUAUUGUAG